AUGGGGGGGACCAAAGAAGGGGAAGCCUCGCCGCUUGCUGAGGGCCCUGUCCUCCCUCAAAAAACCGAACCCGCGGGAGGGUUGCGGAGGCGUCACCAAGUGAAAGCUGGGUCUUCCUCCUCUUCUUCCAGGCGGCCAACGGUUGCGAACGAUCACCACAGUAGCGGCGAAGAGAAUGCCCCAGAGGCUGUCGUCUCGUCCGCGGCCUUCGACGCUCCCUCGCUCGCUCGCGCUCAGAAAGACGCUUCAGCGUCCUUUUCUCCCGAGCAGCCUGAAGAGGAAAAUAAAGCAGUGGAAGCGUUGACUCUCCCAGGGGUGCGCGUCCAGGAGUCUUCUUCGCCUUCGAGUUCUGCGCCCGACACAGACUCGGGCGAGAAAGCUCGUCAGGCCAAAAGGGCGGAAGCGCGGACUUCCUCGCCCUCUCUCGCGCCGACUUCCUCCUCAUCUGCUUCGGCCUCUCUUCCUGCUCCCGCCUCUAGAGCUCAGCGCCUCUUCAUCGAAAUAACUGCGGAAAUUCGAGAGUUCCUCGAUAAAAUGGGCCCCAGCAUCGCCGGAGAAUACACGACUCGCACUGCGAUCGACUUGGACCGGCUCAUGGAACUGGUCACCAAGUACAACAAAAACCGCGCCAAAGCUGCGCAUGUGCGCGUCAGCGACUUGGUUGAGAAAUCCUACAUCGUUGGAAAGGCUCCUCCGCCGGCUGCGGUGGACGUCGACGCACUGCCCGCCAGCGAGAGAUUUCGACUUCUCUCUGAGGAAAGGAAGUAUCGCGCCACAGUGAAGAAGCUCUUCGGCACCACGGAGGAGGACGUGUUCGCGAACUACACACAAAGCAUGGCGCUUGGCGUCAACGCACUAAUUGGAAUCUUCCUCAUGUUUCUAGCUGGCUACUGGGUAGCGGAGUAUUCUGGCGUCCGCGACUUCACAACCAAGGUGAUUGUUGGCGUGAUUUGCUCCUUCGGGUGUCUCAUUCUCGAAGUUGCGCUUCUCCUCCUCCACGACUACGUGCUCCAGCGGAAGCAGAAACGGAAGACAGCGGCCAGGGGGCCGCAAACGCUGAAUCCGAGAGAGAUGUUUCCGCGAUGA